GCGCUGCAUUAUUUUUUAAGUUGCGCGCGCACGAGGGUUACGCGCAUUGCGUGAAUCGACUGUUUGUCUGCAAAUGUCAUUGGUUUGUUCGAAUGGAGCGAUGAUUUUACCUCUGUAUACGACAGAAAAUUGUGCUGCUGUGAUGAGACGAUGUUUGCACUAGCUCUAUUUUGUCGACACGUUUAAUUUCGAAUUUUGGGGUUAAUUUGAUUAUACAGAACCAAGGACGUUUAAAAAAAAACAUGUACGACAUGCCAUGUGCUGGAUCCGUUAAGGUGCGGCACGCUAUUUUUGACCAUGACUGCAUUGUAUUAAUUUUUGCCAUGACGUUGUAGAAGAAAGCCGGUUGGUUUGAACAUGUUGAAAAUGACAGACUUGCCCAGUAACGAACACUUACUGCGUGAACUGUGGUCAGAGAACAAAGUGCAGUGUAAAUAAGUGCAACAUGUUUGGCAAAAGGCGUCGAAUGCAUAAAAAGAAAGUUGGGAAGAAGUUGCGUAUGGAGAAAAUGCUUAAUAGAUUGAAGAAAAAAGAAGCAGAAAAUAAUAUGAUUUUAAAGAAGGAAGAAUCUUUUGCAAUUAGCAAUGAGUCCUCGGAGUGUGUGAUUGAUUGCAAUUUGUCUGUAGGAGAAUGUAUUGAGAGUACUAGUUCAAGUGUGAGAGAAAAUGAUGAAAACUUGGAUCCAUUGGAAAUGCCUUUCCUUCUGGAAACUGAGAAAAAGAAAAACGAAUUUUCUCCACAAAAGAGACCAAUUAAACGCACACGAGUUGAUGCUAAUGUAUCAGCUCGUAGAUCUGGAAGAAAAUGGCCUGUUAGGAAUGGCACAUCUAAUCUUGUCUCAUGGCUGAAUGCAGCGGAGGAAAUAUUUGACUCGCCUGAACGACAGUCCAAGAGAAGCUUUGACAGCCCUCUUACUGUACAUGAAGACUUGGGUCCCAUUAGACAGCCUAAAAAGAGAGCAAAGAGUGCCCAUGAAAUAUUGCAUUUUCACCCUAGUGACUUUGAAGAACCAAUGGACAUAUCUCCUGCAUCGAUUAUAUCUACCCCAGGGGCAUUGGCAAAGAACAAACGCUCCAGAAAGGUGGCCCUGGGCAGCUCACUGACUUUUCAUGAGAGAAGCUGUUUUGGGGAGGAUGCCCCAGUAGACUCUCAACCCAAAAAGCGUGCCAAAAGUGUGAGUGCAGAUGUUUGGGACUUGCACAACAAAUGCACACCUUCAACCUCAAGCAAUGAUGCUGGGCUGCAGGCAAAUUGCAUGCAGUCAGCCAUCCCGCAAGAUGUGAUUUCAACACAGCAAGAAGAGAAGGACAAGAUGAAUAAAGAUCUUCCUUGCAUUAAAUCAGUGGAAGGAAUUGUCAGUGGUUGUGUAUAUAAAAAGCUACCUGAAGCUGCAACACAGUGCAACACUGUGCAAGUGUCAGCAUCUGCACCCCUCACAUCUGUAGACAGUAUACAGAAAGAAAUACCUAUGUCAUCUUCCCUUGAAAUUCCAUGUAGUUCAAAACUAGAAAAUUCAGUAUGUGUAUCAACCAUGAUAAUGCCCCCAGAUGAAGGAGUAGCAUGCAGAGAAAAAGGAAUGUUGUCAACUAAAGAACAAGUUGAAUGUGUCAUUAAUAGGACAGAUGAUCCUACAUUGGAAUUGCUUACAACUACUGAGCAAAAAUUGUUGUUUCCGAUGCAAGAUGUGCCGUCUCUUCUAUCUGAAUGUAUUAAAUCUACUCUCAAGGAAUCUGAGGUGUUGGGACUUAGAGUAGAUAAACCAGCUGUAGAAAGCAAUGCAUCUGAGAUAAAGAAAACAUCUGCACCUGAUCCAUUCACAGAGUUGCUUGCAUCUGAAAAAUGUAGUCCUUUGAUGUCCUUCAAUAGUUUAUCAGUUGUGCCUGUGAAAGACCAAAAUGAAAAUUUGUCAAGUAGUAUGGCAACUGGUACUGAAAAUAAAAACAUGCUCCUAAGAUCUCAGAAUGUGAGUCUUUUGUCUUCUACACCUGUUGGUGAUGUUCCUCAUGACAAUUCUUUCAAGCCAAGUACCAAUAGAAAGUUGCCAGGAGAUUUGGACUUCAUUGUGGUUCCAGAUCAGGGAGAUGUGCAAGAGAAUGAACAUGCAACUAGUUCAAAAAGUGAUCCCAGUAAUAAGGUAAGAAAUUGA